CUCCCAGGCCCAUCCUUCAAUUGACGUCACUGACACGUGACUUCCGGGAGCGAGAGAGGAAAAAACAACCCAAAAUACACAGUCUAGCAAAUAGCCGUAAUGAAACCGAACCAAAAACCUCCGCUAUCACCCAAAGUAGCAGCAUACAAUUUAGACCGCGAAUUAACUAACGACACGGGAAACUAAUGUUGGUUUGCUAAAAGGUCCCCUUCCACACCAUGAAUUUAAGAGGACUCUUUCAGGACUUCAAUCCCAGUAAGUUCCUGAUUUACUCCUGUCUGCUGCUGUUCUCCGUGCUGCUGUCCCUGAGGCUGGAUGAAGUCAUCCAGUGGAGCUACUGGGCUGUGUUCACCCCAAUAUGGCUGUGGAAGCUGUUGGUCAUUAUUGGGGCCUCUGUGGGCACUGGAGUCUGGGCGCACAACCCCCAGUACAGGGCCGAAGGGGAGACGUGUGUUGAGUUCAAAGCCAUGCUGAUUGCUGUGGGCCUCCACGUCUUGUUGCUGAUGUUUGAGGUGUUGGUGUGCGACCGAGUGGCGAGAGGAAACUACUUCUGGCUUCUCGUAUUCAUGCCUCUCUUCUUCGUGUCUCCCGUGUCUGUAGCAGCAUGUGUCUGGGGGUUUAGACACGACCGCUCCCUGGAGCUGGAAGUGUUGUGUUCAGUUAACAUUCUUCAGUUCAUCUUCAUCGCUCUGAAGCUGGACAGGAUCAUCAACUGGCCCUGGCUGGUGGUGUGUGUCCCACUGUGGAUCCUGAUGUCCUUCCUGUGCCUUGUUGUCCUGUACUACAUCAUCUGGUCCGUCCUGUUCCUUCGCUCCAUUGACAUCAUCGCUGAGCAGCGGCGAACUCACAUCACCAUGGCAAUCAGCUGGAUGACGAUUGUUGUGCCCCUCCUUACUUUUGAGAUCCUCCUGGUGCACAAGCUGGAUGGUCACAACAGUCUGAGCUAUGUGUGUGUGUUCGUGCCUCUCUGGCUCUCUCUGCUCACACUCAUGGCCACCACGUUUGGUCAGAAGGGAGGAAACCACUGGUGGUUUGGCAUCCGUAAAGACUUCUGCCACUUCCUGUUGGAGCUCCUCCCCUUCCUCCGGGAAUACGGUAACGUGUCCUACGACCUCCAGCGCAGCGAAGACCCCGAGGCGGCCGAUGAUCUGCCCGUCCCUGAGCCGCCUCCAAAGAUCGCCCCCAUGUUCCACAAGAAGACAGGUGUGGUGAUCACGCAGAGCCCCGGGAAAUAUGUCGUCCCGCCGCCGAAGCUCUGCAUCGACAUGCCUGACUAAACUUACCUCAGAGCUGAAGUGGCUGGGACUGCUGUACUGAUGUGUCCAAGUCAGGAAGCCAAAACAGCAGAGGGCACAGUGUUUGGUUUUUAUCUGCUGAUCCCCUCGCCUAAAAACUCAGCACGAAUGGCAAGAGUGACUCCGAUGAUGGUGGCGGAUAAUUAGUGGAUCCAGAAUCUUCGCGUCGGGUUCACCGGCUGUCAUGAAGCAAAGACUCCCCUGCCUGACGCUGUCGUGGGUUUAAUCAGGGAGGACUGCUUUGUUUUUCACCUGCAGGUGAAGUUUCACUGUGUUACUCACUCCUAAUUUUAUCCAUUCUGUCAGUGGACAUCCUGGAGGAAACUGACCACAGGAGCGUCUCAUGUGAGACAGAAGAGCUGCAUCUGCGUGGACUCUGAAGCAGCCGCAGCAGCAGAUCUUCGCUUUAAGUUUGCAGCGUGUCUGAAUCAAAGAUGUUCGCUGGCCUUUCUUUUGUGAUGGGGACCAUUGGAGAGCGAGCUUCAGUUUGGGAUCAGUGUACCCUUAUUGUUCCUGUUCUCACUUUUGACCAUGCAGGUGGAGUUAAAGGAAAGGUUCAGAGUUUUUCAGGCCUGUGUAAUACAAUACUCACAUGCCCAUGUGGACUUUAAAAGAGUUAUUGGGGUCUGUAAUCACUCUGUGUGGAGAGUGACCCCUCACUGACCAUCAUUUUCGUUAUAAUCCUGUGACACAAGGCUUCACCUGAAGGCGUCUUCCACACUAACACCCAUUUCCACUUAGCUCUGUGUACGCAUGCGAGCCAAACAGAAGUCCAUUGAUAAUAUUUUACAAAGCUGUCACUGUGCAUUACUCAUCCAUAAGACUGGAUGGUGAAAAAUUAGCUCUUCUCUCAAAGUCUGUGUUUCUUCUCAUCGGAAACAGAAACAAACACACUUCGCUGAUGGAAUUAGGGGCCCAAAACUGUGUGGAAAUGAGGUCGUUAGUCUUUCAGGUUUCCUCUUUGUAUUUCCAUGCUGGGCUGCACGAAAGACGGUAACACAAAAAAAGUGAAUUUCACACUAAAAAGAAUGAAAACACUCUUGAUUUGCACAACUUGCUUUUGUCCUGUUUGCUUCAACUUAACCAGAAGUGUGAAACUGUGUGACAUCAGGGUGGAGGCAGGAAUGAUGCUUACAGCCACCCGUUCGGUGAACACAGCGCCUUGUGAGUGUUGUUUUUAAGACGGACCUGAAAACUUCUGAGCCUUCUCACUUUGGAGAGAGAGAACAGUGGAAACUGCACUUUGUUAACAUGUCAGUUUUUUUUGUAUUCUUUUUGUUGUUGUUGUAAAUAACAGAAGUUGUCAGUUUUGGGACCAGAGUGGAAAUGGAAGGACUGAAAGUCAAAGGCAGACCUGGUGGGUGAGGGGAGUUGAGUGUUUUCAAACAGUCAUUCACCUUCUGUGCUGUAUUAAAUCCAGACUGUGUGAAACAAGUUGGUAACCACUGAA